CUUGCGAAACAUCUUUAGAGCCCUCCUAGCUCUGUGGUGAAAUAUUUCUUCCCAAGUUAUAGUGCUGCUCUGAAUAAAGCAUCCGAUUCUGUUUCCAACACUGGAGAGAUGGAUAAUUCUCAGAACUUUAUUCCUCUUUGCACAAUGGAGAACAAGAAGUCUGACACCAUUUGCAUUUUCGGAACUGGAGAUUUUGGGCGCUCCCUUGGGUGUAAAUUACUUCAGUGUGGCCAUUCUGUCAUUUAUGGAAGUCGAAACCCUCAGUCAUCUAGCCUGACCCCUAAAGGGGCAGAGGUUUUUAGCCAUUCAGAAGCUGCACAAAGAGCCUCCAUUAUCAUUUUAGCCAUCCACAGGGAGAACUAUGACUUUCUGAAACAAUAUACUGAAGUCCUGAAUGGUAAAGUAUUAGUGGAUGUCAGCAACAACCUCAAAAUAAACCAGUACCCAGAAUCCAAUGCUGAAUACCUUGCCAGAAUGGUUCCUGAAGCCAAAGUGGUAAAGGCAUUUAAUACAAUAUCAGCAUGGGCCCUGCAGUCUGGGGCUUUGGAUGCAAGCCGGCAGGUUUUCGUUUGCGGUGAUGAGAUUUAUGCAAAGCAAUCUGUUAUGGAUAUUGUUCGAACCCUUGGACUCACACCACUGGAUCAGGGAACCUUACUAGCAUCUAAUGAGGUGGAGAAUUACCCACUGCAAUUAUUCCCUAUGUGGAGAAUCCCGAUCUUCAUCUGUUCUGGAUUUACAAUAUUGAUUUUCCUUUACUGUGUGCUAACUGAGGUGCUCUAUCCAUGUGUUACACUCAAAGAAGAUGCCUCAUAUUUGAUCGCUAUUUCCAUUCCCAAUAGAGUGUUCCCAAUCGUGUCUCUCAUACUUCUUGCCUUAGUGUAUCUCCCAGGAAUAAUUGCCGCCGUUCUUCAGUUAUACAGAGGUACUAAAUACAGUCGCUUUCCUGACUGGCUUGAUAAAUGGAUGCUGUGCAGAAAGCAGCUUGGUCUUGUUGCACUGGCAUAUGCAUUCCUGCAUGCUAUCUACACCCUUGUUAUGCCUAUUCGUUAUUAUGUUCGCUGGUGGUCAAACAACUACAUCAUCACACAGAUCAAAACCAAUAACACCUAUGAAUUUCUAAAUCAUUAUGCCUGGUUAUCGGAUUCAUACGUUGCCUUGGGCAUACUUGGAUUUUUCUUUUACGUGUUGCUGGGUAUCACCUCUCUGCCUUCAGUCAGCAAUGCCGUCAACUGGAGGGAGUUCCGCUUUGUCCAGUCAAAGCUUGGAUACCUUACCUUGGUUUUGUGCACAGCGCAUACACUUGUGUAUGGAGGAGACAGGUUUAUCUAUGGAACUUAUUACAAAUGGUAUCUCCCGCCAGCAUUUGUCGUUGCUCUCAUUAUUCCAUGUAUAGUGCUUUCCCUGAAGUUAAUCAUUAUCGUUCCGUGUUUGGAUAAGAGAAUUACUAAGAUACGUCAAGGAUGGGAAAGGAAUUCCAAGAGUUAACAAGAGCCGAGGCCACAAGAAUAAGAAACCAGUAGCAAAGUUGUCACCAAACACCUCGGAGACAGUGUUUAAAUAGUGAAAAACUGUACAAAGUAAACCAAUAACCUGCAGUAUUUACCCAGCAGAAAGGAAUAUCUGUGAUAUUUAGCAAAGGUGGAAAUAGAAAGUCUUUCAUUUUAUUAAGACAGCUCCCAAGUGAAAUAGAGUCAUCUAAGAAUUGCUGUCGAAUAAAUGAUGUAUUGGCCAUGUUAGAGGGAGGCAAAUACUAUACAUAGCUAAUAGGCAUUGUAAUGCAUCGGCUAUGCAUUGUACCUGAUGAUGAUGGGUAUCUGUCUGUGACUUAAUAUCAUUCUUUAAAUUAAAGAAAUGCAGAUAGGUUUUUAUAUACAUCAGGAACACAAGGAUUUACCUUCCCCUAGUAACUGUGGAUAGUGGUGUAAAAAUGCCCCCCUUUAUUUGAACCUUGUAGUUCUGUGCCAAACUGAAUUAUAGUUUUAACAGUAUGUAUUAAAGUAAAGAUCCAAUGUAAUUGGAUGUAAUUGCUAUGGGACAUGGAUAAGGAAAUGCAAACGGGAUGAAACACCAAAAGGCCAUAGGAAUGUAAAAUAUUUCUAAUGAGCUAUGCUUAGUAUGAGGCAAUGCAUAUGAGGGGCCAUUGCAAACACAUCUUUGCUCUUAAAUGGAAGCUAUAGAAAGAGCAUUUGAUGCAAUUUGAUGCAAUUCAUUAAUAUACAUGCUCCUACACUUUUACAUGGUCGCCAUUGUGUUCAUCCUACCUCUUCUGAUGAAUGCUGCACAACUGCACUUAUUGCCACUGGUGGACCUUUGAGCCAGGUCAGGGUCCCACUGGGACACCAGGAAAACUCCCAGUGGGCCAUUAUCAUGUUGGGCCCUGCCACCUGACUGCAAGCCAGCCACCAGUGCAGAACUUCAGAUUUAAACAAAAUUAAAAUUGGCAGUGCAUUCCACUGUGGAAGGCAUGACCAUCAUGGUGACCCCAGGUGGGCCCCUGGUACCCCAAUCUGACUCUUCCUUAAGCCACAAUCACCCUAGACCUGGCAAUAUCUCCAGAGUUGCCACAGAAGACUAAAUCAACAACAGGCGCAUUGAGUGCAAAAGCUGUUUUGAGACCACUGAAACCCUCACUCCUAAAAUUGCUAUUGCAUCCAUUUUGACGCAUUGGGUACUGCAAAAGACACCCAAAAAAUGUCAAUUUAAUCAAAAUUGCUAUUUGUGCGCUGAAAUUUCAUUCAUCAAUGGCCCCUGUGUUGUUGGCUUUUUGUAAGGGGGUAAUAAAGCCACAGGAGUAACAUGGGUGGGCAAAAGGAAGAAAAAUGGAGACUCAGGUAGAGCGAAAUUGAGAGCUGAGUGAGUAUACAAUUAUAAAAGCUAAGAAAACAAACAAAAAUAAAAAAAUAUGCUUAUUUUACCUUCUUCUAGCAAUAAUUUCAUUAUUUAUUCGUAGUGAAGUAUGCACUGGGACCAUCCUGUUCCUCUAAGACUCCUCCCUAUGAGGAAUUCAUUGAUUUGAAUGCAUUAUCAGGACUCCUAUAAAAACCACCACCAUGAAACUGACAUAAGAAUUAAGAGAUCAAAUUAGAAGCCAUCUAAAUGGGGCGGGAACUCCAUAACUGCUAUAUCACUGCCCCAGAACUGAGACUGAUCUGUAGAAACCAAACCAAAUUAUAGUACAAAUUUUGUAAUUGUUUCUAAUUUCCUUGAAUUUCUUUCAACAACCCUAGAGAAGAGGUUGACAGUCUGUGAAAUUGUAUUAUUAUCUGUUAUAACCAUAGGCACUCUGACCCACCUUAUUAUAAUGAGAAUGGUUUGUAUGAAGGUUUAAAUUGCCCUAAAAACCCCUGUGGAUUGAACUGAACUUUGUUUUUUUUUAAUUAUAAAUAAGUCUAAAAGAUUAGAAUUCACUGAAGCACCAACAUGAGGGGCAUAGCCAUGUGGAAUGUAAGCAAUGCGAUAUGUACAGUGCAAUGUGGUCUGUGUGUGCCUUGCUUCCCUGUGUAACUGAAACUUGCUCACUGUUGUAUUGACAUGUGCUAACUGCUUCCAGCAUUGAAAAAAAACAUAAUUAUGAAAUAUAUAUCACAGUUAUAUCAUUAAUGUGAAUCAGUCAAAUAAAAUGUUUAUUUUAUAGCUUUAAA